UAUUUUCAUCAGAAGGUAAUGAGGAACUAUUAUGUUAGGCAACCAAUUCAACAAAAUUUUACACAUGUUUGCAUUUUUAUCGAAAUUUGUUAUUCAAACGGUAUAAACAAUGUCACUAAUUGGCAACACACCGAAAACUUUUGAUAAAAAACGCAUAAUUGACCAGCAAACACUUUUAAAACAACAGACAAUUGAAUACAUUAAAAAGGCUGUACUAGCAUCAAAAUUAAUACUAGACGAAGAUUUUGAUGCGUUAUUGGAUACACCAUUAAUAUUCCUUCCACAUGUCGUCAGAAAUUACAGGCCAAUCUUUAGCACAUCUGUGUCUACAAUUGCUCUUCUUACAAUCUCAAAAUUUAUAAAAGAAAAUCAAAGAGAAUGUGCUAUUUUAGCUUUACUGCCAGUAAGUUAUGAGAUUAUUAGUAUUGGAAGACAUUGGUAUAAAAAAUACAAGUGUUUUAAACAAAUUGAUGAGUUUGUUUACAACUUGGAGCAGCAAGCACUUUUGAAUAACAAAGUGAUCAAACAUUUGAAUAUGAGAAUAAAUAGUAUGGUAGAAUUACAGAAUAAAAUUAAUGAAGUUGCCUUUGGGUUAAUCCAAGUUGAUGACUUAAAAUUUGCCAGUUUUGCUUGCAGAACAUUAGAAAAUGUUUGUGUGACACUACAGGAACAACUAGUGAUACAUGCAACGUAUUCAGAGUCUUAUUAUAGUUAUAUUGGUAAUUGGCACAUGGAUAGUUGUCCAGAAAAUGGUAAAAUUGAAGAAAUCACUAUGUUUAUUGAGAAGUUAAGUGAAUUUUACAUUCUCAUUGCUUCCAAUUUAAUGUCUUCUUCAAUAUUUUCAUUGGAGGCGGCUAUGUGGCGAUCUAAUCAAGACUUUGAAACUGUUUUCAACACUAUUAAACAUGCGACAACUCAGAUAAAACAGUCGCGUUAUGAUAUUGAAAAGGAACUGAAGCAAGUCUUCUAUGAUUUUCACAAAACAAGCAGUGUGCCAAAACAAACUACAAAUAAUUUAAAUAACAAACAAAACAAUUAGUACCUAUUUAUAACGAUUCACUGGAUGAUUGUAAAAAUAGGCUACGGAUUGUUUUUGAUUUGACUAAAAGUAUUGAAUCCCAAAAUGCAAAAACUAGGUGUAUAUUCCUUGAAGAAAUGAUGGAAAACCUCGAGGCAUCGACACUACAAGUUAGAAAUUUGUUGCGAUAUGAGAAAAGUCUCUUAAAACCUGAAAACGCAGAUAUAUCAAGAGAUUGUGAACAAAAUCAUUUAAAAACUACUGAUAUGGAUACAAAAAAAGAAGUUAUUAAUCAUAAAGAGGCAGAAAUUGGGAGUGACGAUGAAGAAUUCGGAUAUUCACCACAUGAGUCCGAUGAUGAUUUUGACCGUAAAUGUUUACGAAAUAACGAAGAUUAUGAUCGUGACGCUAUACAAUCAGUGGCUGUGCAAAAUUUAAUGUUACAAGAGCUUAGAAAUCGAAUGAAAGACGUCAGAAGAAUUAAAAUAACACGCACGGCUACCGGUGAUUUAAUUGUUCAAGAGCGACCGGUAACUUUGCAAGAAUCUGGUGGACAAACGGAGCCUUUAUUAAAAAAAGCAGUAGAAAAAGCCAAGAAAACUUAACAGAAACAAAUCCUCCUUUAAAAUUUAAUCUUUUUCAAGGUGAUGUACCUCCACCUCCGCCGCCAUGUCUUCCAAACAUGAAAUUUAACAAUUUUGGAGGCGAAAAUAUUGAUAAAAGUGCAAUUCAACCAGUAAGUAAUUUGCCAGUAAAUAAAACACUAUUGUCUUCAAUCUCAUCAAUUGCAAUGCAAAGAAACCAAAAUGAGGAUGUAUUUGGUUGUGAUGGUGAUGAAUAUGUUGCUAGUGAUGAAUUUUCAUCAGAUGACGACUAAUACUUUGGAAAUGAAAAAAAUUAAAUUGAUAUUUAUUGAAUACAUUCA